UGUGCCUCUGAGAUUGACUGCAGUGCUGUAGUAAUUGACCAGUUCCCCUCAUUGACCCAUUACCGGCAGACAGGGAGACAGACACUUGCGUGUUUGUGAUUGUGUGAACUAAACUUCCUGUGAUUGGUGACAGGUUCAUGCCGUAGCAGUACAGUUUCAGGCUAAAGUUCACGGCGUCAGGCACAAUGGUGGCGUGGUCAUUUAACAAGCCAUUGCUUCAACAGUUUUCAUAGAUUGAGUGGGAUCUUUAUAUUUGUAAACAGUGAGUGACUAAUUUUAUCAAACAAUGUAUUCUGAAAACUUAAAAGCAUCUAGUUUCUACCUCAGCCUGGUUUUUCUUCUGUCUGUUAUUGCCAUAAAUGCCAAUGAAGAGGUGCCAGAUGCUGAUGUACGAGUCAACCGGCUCAGUGAGCAGGUAUUGGCAGUGCUCGAACACUACAAGUCCUCAGAUCCCGUGGGACUGCCUGGAGCACCUAUCCCGGACCCAAUGCCAAUCCCAGAUAUGAAGACUAGCAUAGCCCUUGGGACUCUAACUUUAAAAGAACAGUCUGUUUAUGGGCUAUCAAAAUUUCGGAUAGAGUUUGCCAAUUCAAAUCUUGGUGACAUGGAGGUGUUUAUUGGAUUGAGCGUGGACGUUCUUCAGGUUCUAGGAAACUACUCACUUGGUUCUUUUUGGUCAAGAAGUGAGGGUGCAUCCAACAUUACCCUGAAAGGCCUGUAUGCUGAAGGCAUUGCUAAGCUGGAGGUAGCAAGAGAGGGUCACCUAGAAGCCACAGAAAUCUUACUGGAUCUGACCGUAGCGGACAUCGAUGUGCACCUUGAGAAUCGUGGCUUACUCGGCUCCAUGUUUCAAGGGUUUUUAAAUACGAUCGGUACUUUUGUAUUUGAAACUAUGAAGCCUUUCAUAUUGAACAAGGUUAAUACUAAUGUCUUAGGAGAUGUCAACAAAAACUUGAGAGGUUUUAAAAUGACUUUUCCCAAUUCUUUGGCACCUGUAGAUAUGGGUUUUGCUGAAGGAAGGAAAAUCGUUCGGAAGAUGGGAUAUGAUCCUUACAAGAUUAAAGAUUUUACCCACACUACAGGAAUCCUGGGACUAGAAGUCACUCAAAUAUGGGUAAGUGGAUUGGCAACGUUUCAUCGAGUUGGGAACAUUACUGUUACCAUGGAGAAUAAAACUGUUUAUUUCGAAGCCUCUGUUGGAACGCAACAACUUGAGGGACGAUGCCACUGGGAGAUUUCUAUGGCAGGUUUGCUGAGUACUACAGGAAAAGUUAGUUUUACCAUUGAAUACUUGGAGGUCAAUGCUAAAGUAAAUCAGUCAUUGGAUGUAAGAAACAGACCAAACCUCGAAGAUCUCCAAAUUACUCUUGGAAACUUUCAGUUGCAGUUUGAUGGCAUCGGAACACUAGAUUAUGUGAUUGAGGCGAUUGUGAACAUUUUACCAAACCUGCUACGCCACCAAAUAAUGCUUGCGAUUGAAGAACCACUAAAAAUAAAAAUGCAAGAGAUUUUUAGCGAUAUUGAUGUAGAAAAGACCAUAAAAAAAGAAUUACAACAAUUGGAUGAUGUAGAAAAUGAGAAUCAAGAACAUUCCCUGGAAAGACCACCACAUGAAGAAGGACUAACUGUAGAUGAAUCACGGUUGGAUGAAAGUAUUUUCUAGUUAACAUGGUUUUAAAUUAGUGGUAUAUAGUUAUUUAUUUGUAAAUAUAUCUUAUUAAAUUAUAGUAAAGUAGAAAUUGA